GUUAUGUUUUGUAGUUGAUACGUUAGUGAAUAUGUCUGAUGCGGUCGAAAUAGUUUGUAAGAUUUCUUAAGAAUUAUAAUUUACUUUACACUUGCAUUUUUUUUGAUCAAAUAGUUUGUUCGACACAAAACUACGAAAAAUUCAUUUAUAGUUACACUGAAAAAAUGUCAAACACAAGAUCUCUUCCUCAAAGUAAAGAAGCCUUACUAAAAUCUUACACAAGUCGUUUGAAAGAUGAUGUGAAAUCUAUGCUGGAGAACUUUGAAGAGAUUGUAAAGUUGUCAAAAGGUGAAAAUGAGACUCAGCUCUCUCGUAUGACACAGUGUGAACAAGAUACAUAUGAGAUGCAUGUUCGUGCUAAUAACAUUGUUCGAGCUGGAGAGUCACUUAUGAAGUUGGUUUCUGACAUCAAGCAGUAUUUAAUCCUAAAUGAUUUUCCUUCUGUCAAUGAAGCAAUCACCCAGAACUCCAAACUAUUUCGCACAAAACAGGCAGAAUGUGACCAGAAACUGAUGACCCUUCGUGACGACAUGGCUGCUGAUCUUUAUGAUCUUGAAGAAGAAUAUUUUACUUCUUUCUACAAACAAUAAAUUUUCUUUAGCUGCUAAGAGACAUUAAAAUUAGUGAUUAUUCUUAUAUGUGAUGUUUAGUGUAAGUACUUGUUAUAUUAUUUGUGAAUAGAGUCUUUUUUUUUUACUAAAUAAUGUUUGUUUAUUAAUUGUAAAAAAACUAUUUCUUCGGCUUCAGUAAGAAAAGUGGUUGUGAAGAAAAUUUCAGCUUAUAUAAGCUGUAUGUAAAUAUUCAGUGUACCAUAUGAAUAAAUUUUCAUUCUAGUGGAAAAUCAAUAAAAAA